AUAAUAUAUUUUAUUAGCUUAUCUCUCCAAUGCAAAAAAGAUGUUUUAUUAGGGUUUAUAACUACCUGUCCAAUGUAAAUGUAAGUCAUAUCAGGUUGUAUAACUCCAAUAUAAAUAAGAGCGUUACCGGACGUCACAAAGUGUAUUGCGAGCAAGUCUUACCUGUGCAGGUGAGGUCCAAGGUGCGGGUCUGGUGGUAACUGUGCGCCCUCUUACUCUUCACCAGGAAGGAGCGAGGCAUCCUCCCCGUCCUGCAGCGUCUCUCUGCCGGGAAGAAGCGCCUCGGGACGCCCUUAAGAAGAGCUCACGCCGCAGAUAAUGCGCAUGCGCGGCAGACGGCGCGCCGCCUGCCAGGUGUCGCGCGGACAGGUGACGCCGGCGAGAGGAUGUCCUGCGGCGGCGUCACUAAUUCCAGGCUCAGCACAACCAGGAGGAGCAUGAAAUACACAGAAGAGAAAGAAAGAGGACCAGGAGGAAGAGGGGAACAAGAAGAAAGAAAGAAGAAUAGGAAAAUAAUUAAGAAGAGCAGGAACAGGUAGAAUGAGAGAAACAGGAAGAAGAAUAGAUAGAAGUAAAGACAAAGAAGAAGAGGAAAAGGAGGAACAAUGAGAAAAGUAAAAGGCGAGAAAGAAGAGGAAGAACAAGGAGAAAGAGGAAGAGGGAAUACAGAGGAAGGAGAAAGAAGAUGACGAAUAAAAAGAAGAGGAAGAAGAAAGAAGAGGACAAAAGAGGAAGAAGGAAGGAGAAAAAGAGGAGGAAGAAUACUAGGAAGGAGGAAGAAGGAAGAGGAAAAAAGAGGUAAGAGGAAAAAGAAUAGGACGGAGAAAGGAGAGGAAUAAGUGGAAGGAGAAAUAAGAAAAUGAAGAAUAAUAGGAAGGAGAAAAAAGAAAGAGAAGGAAGUAGAAAUAAGAAUAGGAAGUAGAAAGAAGAAAAAAGAGAAAGAAGAAUAGGAAGGAGAAAUAAGAGGUAGGACAAAGAACAGGUAAGAAUAGGAAGGAGGAAGAAGAGAAAAAGAGGAAGGAGAAAGACGAGAAAAAAGAAGAAUAGGAAGAAUAAAGGAGAGAAAAAAAGAGGGAGAAAGAAGUAAGAGGAAGGAGAAAGAAAAGAGGAAGAAGAAAUAAGAGGAGGACAAGAAAGAAGGAGACAAAGAAGGAAGAGAUGAUGAAAAAAGAUGGAGAAAGAAAAAGAGUACAAAGAAGGAAUGUGAAAAAAGGAGUAAGAAUUGCAACAAACAUUUUAUUAUGAACACACUCAUGAUGUCAUCUCUCUCUGUGUCUAUAUGUGUGUGUGUGUGUGUGUACUAUUUAUUAUGAACACACUCAUGAUGUCAUCUCUCUGUACACACCUGUGUGGGUGUGUGUGUGUGUGUGUGUGUGUGUGUGUGUGUGUGUACUAUUUAUUAUGAACACACUCAUGAUGUCAUCUCUCUGUACACACCUGUGUGUGUGUGUGUGUGUGUGUGUGUGUGUGUGUGUGUGUGUGUACUAUUUAUUAUGAACACACUCAUGUCAUCUCUCUGUACACACCUGUGUGUGUGUGUGUGUGUGUACUAUUUAUUAUGAACACACUCAUGAUGUCAUCUCUCUCUGUGUGUGUGUGUGUGUGUGUACUAUUUAUUAUGAACACACUCAUGAUGUCAUCUCUCUGUACACACCUGUGUGUGUGUGUGUGUGUGCUAUUUAUUAUGAACACACUCAUGUCAUCUCUCUCUGUGUCUAUGUGUGUGUGUGUGUAUGUAUAUGCAUGUGUGUAUAUAUGUACGUGUGUGUGUGUAUGUAUGUAUAUGCAUGUGUGUAUAUAUAUGUACGUGUGUGUGUGUAUGUAUGUAUAUGCAUGUGUGUAUAUAUGUACGUGUGUGUGUGUAUGUAUGUAUAUGCAUGUGUGUAUAUAUAUGUACGUGUGUGUGUGUAUGUAUGUAUAUGCAUGUGUGUAUAUAUGUACGUGUGUGUGUGUAUGUAUGUAUGUAUGUAUAUAUGUACAUGUGUGUGUGUGUAUGUAUGUAUAUGCAUGUGUGUAUAUAUGUACGUGUGUGUGUGUGUGUAUGUAUAUGCAUGUGUGUAUAUAUGUACGUGUGUGUGUGUAUGUAUGUAUAUGCAUGUGUGUAUAUAUAUGUACGUGUGUGUGUGUAUGUAUGUAUAUGCAUGUGUGUAUAUAUGUACGUGUGUGUGUGUAUGUAUGUAUGUAUGUAUAUAUGUACAUGUGUGUGUGUGUAUGUAUGUAUAUAUAUGUACAUGUGUGUGCGUGUGUGUGUAUGUAUAUAUAUGUACAUGUGUGUGUGUGUGUGUGUAUAUGUAUGUAUGUAUAUAUAUGUACAUGUGUGUGUGUGUAUAUGUAUGUAUGUAUGUAUAUAUAUAUGUACAUGUGUGUGUGUGUGUGUGUGUGUGCUCACCGCACUCCCCCAACAUGCUGUGAUGCCACCACGUCAGGUGUUAGUGUUACAUUCAGGUGUUGCAACAAGUGCGCCACAAACAAUGUUGUCUGUUACCAUGACAACCACACCCACAGAUUGAAGAGGUGUUUUCCAAAAUAAAGUUAAGAAAUAUAAAAUGUGUUGAGUGACAUAUGUCCAAUGUCUUUGUGUGUCUCCCAGUCCACAGUGGGCGGGUCACACCGUGGUGUAG